CAGCUGUGAGAUUGUUCGGUGUGCUGCAAAGAGGUGUGGAGCUGGAUAAAGAGUUUCAUCAGACUCUUGGGGCUUGUUUCCUAGUGUCGUCAUCCUUACUCAGCUCUUGCACCAUAUCACAAAAGCAGGUGAGAAUAAUCUGAUACUUUAUGAGACUUUCUUCUUCAGUAUGUGGCCGAAGGUCAUGAAAAGGUUUCUUCAGUGGCCUUAUUUGACAGGGUAGCGAGCAAGAAUCUGUGUUUCUUUACUUUGUUGAUCAUUUCACAUGUUCACAUGAGGUGGUACAGAUCCCUUCAGUCUGCUAAAGGCUUAGAUUCAUGCUGGUCCGUCUGGUGUGGAUUAGGACUGUGGAGCUGCUGGCUGUGUGACAGAAAUACUCUCAAAGACGAAUGAAGCCUGAACCAAAGCAAAGUGUUUGUACUUUAAAAGAGAGUUUAACAAUAUCAGAGCAGAAAAGAGACUAGUAAGAGUAAAAUGUGAUCUGGAAGCAAGUGUUAAGCUUGAAAUCACAGUUUUGGUGUCAUUUUAAAAUCUCCUUUUACAUCAAACAGAACAGAGUAUUUCUGUUCACUGCUCUGAGUUACAAGCUGGUGCUUCAUUUAUUAACCUGUCAGAGUGUGCACUAAGCAUGUAAGUGUCACUCUGACUGCAUGCAGCAGCUUAUGUAUUUUAAAUAUAGAUCGACCAUAUUUUAAAACCCAGGGACAGUUUAAUUUUACUGCAAAUUAGUGGUCAAAAAUAAGAGAGUUGGCUGAGAGCAAAUACAUAAUGCCUGUAUUUUUUUUGCAUUGGUCAGGAUACAACAACUUAAAAAUACGAACUAAUUAGAAAUAGAAUUAUAAGCCUCAGUGAUGAUGUAUUCAUGGAUAACAUUAAAUUAACAACACAAUCAGUCAAAUUGAGGAAAGGCAAGACAUUGCUUCAUAUCCUUUAUUAAUUAACAUAAUUCAAUUACAUGUCAUCAUUCAUUUCUAAUGAUGUUCAAAUAUAUAAUUAAUGCACACAUAAGAAAUUAUUUGUCAUGCUUUUAUUGUUAAUGGUUUGUCCUAGUUGUUUUAGGCUGUUUUAUCUCUUGCAGCAUAUUGUGAAGUAAAAGCUUUACACAGCUAAUAAAACAUUUCAGAGAAAGGUCAAAGUUCAACUGAGAAGUCACCUGAAGAGGCACAAACUUAUGAUAAACCUUUAAAUGUCAGUCUUUGAGGGCUACUAGCGCUAGGUUGUCAGCAGCUGCUUCUUCUUCUUCAACUUCUCCAUGUCCUAUAUGGCAAACCUCGUAAAGGACCAUGAGUCUUUCCUAGUGGUCUACCGGCCUCCCGGGAGAUCCACAUCAUCCUUUUUCUUCCAGAAAGCAUCCAAAGAGAAGUAAUACAGCAGAGGAUCCAGACAGCAGUUCACACUAGCCACACAUAGUAGAGGUGUUAUCACAGAGGGUUUUGUUGUUGUGAAAACACCAACAUACAGAGGCAGGAAACAUAUAGUGAACAUGACCAAGCCCAUGACAAAGAUCAGCAUAACAUUCACCUUAUUUUUGACCCUUGCAGAGUCAUUUAGGUGUCUUUGCAGAGUCCAUGAUACCAGAGCAGUGCACACAAUGUUGACGGCCAGCAUGCUAAACACCAACAUAGGCUGAAUGACUCUCCCUAGAAUACUCUGAAACUGAGUUAUUUCAAAGCAGGAGGAGUUGGAGGACUGGUUUAAAAAUUUGAAAAACAUCACACCUUCAGCGAUGUUUAUCACAGACACAAAGAGCCACACCAGUGCAGCAGCUCUCCAGGCAUUAGCCGGGGUCCGAAGAUGGCGUGACUUCAGAGGGUAAACCACAGCCAGCAGCCGGUCCACGCAGAUGAGGGUGAUGAAGAAGGCGCUGGAGCGGAUGUUGUUCCUGAAGAGCAUCACUGUAAAUAUGCACGCAAAGUUGCUCGAAGGCCAGGAGCCUGUGGCAUAGAAGUAGACCCUCAUGGGUAAUGAGAUGACCAGCAGCAGGUCUGAGAUUGCCAGGUUGACCAUGUAGACAGCACUGGGAGAUUUGAGGCUGUGGUGACGGAUCAGAAUCCACAAUGACACAGCAUUCAAAGGCAGACCCAGCACCAAAAUGCAGCCGAAGAGCGCAGCAUAAACCGGUUGUGGCUCUGAUCCUUCUUCCAGAGUGUUGUUCAUGUCCAGACCCGAUGAGAAGCAAAAUGUCUCUGUGUGAUGAAACUCACAAGCUACACCAUUGCACACUCAUGAUUUCCUCUUUCUGAAGUUUAUCUGUGAGCACUCAGGGUCAUAAAAGGUCAGCUUGGGAUGAUUAAACACGUAACAGGAAACUCUCUUGACAUAGUUUGAGGCUGGGAGAAUGUGGCACCCUGAUACCUUGAUGCGAACAUAAAACAAGAAGAACUGAGAAUAUUGAGAAUAUCUCACUGAGAAUAUCGCCUAUGCCUCACGAUAAGUGGCUCAUGCGUAAGAGAUAUGUUCACACACUCCUGUAGGAGCCACAGAGAUGUCAGUCACAGUGUUACAUCCCAUCAAAUAACCAGUUAAAGCCAAAUUACACAGAAAAUGAGCUCUUGGACACAAAUCGGCAUGAUAGGAAACAGCUCAAAUCAAAGAACUCAAGAUGAAGACAUUUUUAUUUAAUGCUUAUUUUGGUUUUCCUGUUUGACCCAUAUCCCAUCUGUUAACACUUUUUCUGUGUGUGUGUGUGUGUGUGUGUGUGUGUGUGUGUGUGGGUGUUCAAAAGUUUUAGCCUUAUAACUGGUAGCUGUUCAGUUACAACUGAAAUCUUACACCUAUCUCUGUGUAGUUGUUAAAGCUACUGUGAGAAACUUUUGGUUUGUGUCGAUUUUGGCGCCUCCUGUGGACAAAUCUCAUCAACAUGAGUGUAGACAGUCAAAUUUAUCAUUUAUUAUGAAUAUUAAAUGCAAAAGCAUAAAAACAGGACUGCCUCUCCAGCUGCUUGGCUGAAACCUAUCCUCCCACACUGGUGCCAACAAAUAAAUAUUACAGAAUAAAAUUUAUAAAUCUUCUUACCGAUGGUUUUGUUUCAUGUGAGAUAUUAUUAAAAGGCAUCAUCUGAAUUUACGAGUGUCAAAAACUUCCUCACAGGAGCUUUGAAGUUAUCUAUAAUUUGACUUAAAGCUCUAGUGAAGAACUCUUGGUUUGUCUGGAUCUUAGUGCCUCCUGUGGAAGCAGCAGUUCCUCUUAAAUCUUUGCUGAUUUUGGAGUAUUUUUUCAAGUCAAACAUAUUUUCCUACUUUCUUCUAGCAGUCAUAAGUAUCAGUCAUUCAACGUUUUGUCAUUGGAAAUUCACACAGAAGUUUUAAAUAAUCAGCAUACAGCAUACAGUGAUUAUUAUAAAUGCUCCAUUUGAUCUAGUCUGUGGUUUAGGUAGCUUUUUGGUGAUAUGUUUCCUGUUUGAGAAUCAUAAAGUAUGUGAUAGUUGCCGAUAAUCAUGAUUUUUAUUGCGUGUACUAUUUCAGCAUCAGUAGUUUCAGUUUGAUCUGAUCCCAGAACAGAAAUGAGAUGGACUUCUGUGGAAAUUAGAGACUAAAAAGUUGAUAACAUCCUCUCGCUGUUUUGCGGAAAGUGAGAUCACUCCACAAUGUGGCUAAUCAUAAAGGUCAGGAUGUGGGUUUGUGGGUUCCAUGAUCAUGUUUCAUACGAACUCAAAUAAGCCUUGCAGAAUGAUUUUGCUUGAAGAUUUCAUCUAUGCAAGGACAGAAAUGUAAAAACAGAAAAUUAGUGCUUUUUAGAGGUUAUAACUUCCUUACUGCUGUAUCUUCAAAGAGGAACACAGGAGUCAGUAAACAUCUGCAUUUUUAAACCCUUCCUAGAUGUUGUUCACCACUUCCCCUUUAUUCAUGGUGGUUAAGAAAAUACUAUUUCUAGAGUUUUUCAUUAGACUGUGUUGCUAAAAUGGCUUUCUGGACCAUGCACUGCAUAAAACAUGGCUGUAGUCAAAGUGACAUCCACAACUGGUUUCUGGGAGGCUUUUGGAAAACCAGGGCAGCACCUGUGAUAAUGCGAUGCUGCUGAAGCUGCAUGUACUUGUCACUCAAACCACACUCUUAUGCAAAUCUAUGCAUCACCCAUCAACUCACUAUUUUGGUGAGCAGUGCAGCCCGGCAUCAGUAUCCCCCCUCCCUAACUCAGCUCCUCCCAGCGGCGCAAGUCUUAGAGAGGGCGUGGAGUGAGUUUAACACAGCCGAGACCUGUUUUCGCCAAUCAUAUCAGCUCCUCUCCUCACCUUUAAAUCCGCCACAGGCGAGACGUAUUACAAUUUUCGUGAAGUAGUCAAAGAGAUCAAGAGAUGUCUGAAUACAGUAAUGCCACAUGAUGGCGACAGAAGGCAGCUCCUCAACAAAUGUCGCUGUAAGCGCUGCAGAGGGCGUCCUCCACACUCUCUCAUAUAAGCACAGAGGGAUUUGGUGUGUGUAAUGUUGGACCCACUAGUAAGACAAACACCUUUUCCACAAAUAGACACUCACAUAAAGUUGCAUAUAUUCAAACCUCACGUGACAAUGGUGGGUUGAGCCAUCUGUGCGUAUAUGACGUAUCGCGCUCCGUGGCCUGGCUCUUUCUUUCAUAGAUGUUGGCAUAUAAAAUAAAUUUGGCUCACAAAACUGAAUAUUAUAAUAUUCGUAUGUAGGCUUAAAGUAAAAAACUCAUCUGAUCACAGAAACAAAUCGUCUGUUCGGCCUUGCUGCUGCAGCAGCUGCAGCAGGACCGAGAGAGGACACAGAAACAUGUCCAGGUCGAGCUGCGUGAGAAAUAAGAGGAAGAGGAAGAAAGAAAAGGAGGGAGACAAAUCUUGUUAACGUCAUCAUGUGUGUUUAUUUACUAGAUAUUUAAUUUCAUUUAAUGCGGUUUCAGCUGUGUUGAUUCGGUCACGUUGUGUGUCCAAACGCGCUCAUCAGAGCAGAUACAGAUCAGAAUAUAUCUGUAUAGAUCUAAAUGUAUGUGCUGACUCAGAUUAUUAGUUGUUAUUGAUUAUUUUUUGCUCUGAAAUGUGCCUGACACUGUGGAAACCUGCUGGUGAGGCAUCAGUGACGUAUGCUGAUACGCUGCAGGUCUACCAAAAUACCACUAGACCAGCUGCGCUCUGACUGCGCUGAAAGCUGACCAGGUUUGAAUCAGCGAGCUUUCAGCGCACUUUCUACACCGCCGACAAGCACGAAAAUGUCACUGCACCAGCUGAUCCUGUCAACUCCUCCCCCUACCAUGCCACCACGCCCAGCUUGGCGGACCUUGGUGCGCUUCAGUCUACAAAAAUACCAAACUGGCUGUACGCCGGGCUCCACCAGACGAAAGUAACACUGCACGGGGUGCGCCACCCUCUGCCGCGCUGCGGGUGGGCACGAAAAUAGAGCCCAUAAUCUAUUUGUGAAGCAGAGUUUUGAAGCCCAUCAGCAGCGGUUGGGAUUUAAGUAAUGCUGACUCAACCCACAAGGGGCGGGACUUUAACCUUCUCACAAGUAUUUGGAAGAUCUAACCACAGAUGUCUUUAUUUCUAUGGUAAAAGUGGACUUUUUUGGCUUAGUGUGUUACUGGUGCCUCUGCAGUCAACCUCAAGUGGACACUUGGAGAACUGCAACUUGUUCAUUUCUUAAUACCAGAGUUGCUGCUCAGUAAAAGAAGGACAUUUUUCUGACAGGGAUCUGACUCACUUUGGAAGCCUUUGUGUUUUGUAAGCUGAUUCUUUGUCAAGUGAAAUGUCUGUUUUUGUGAAAUGUAAUUUUUGGUAGGUCAAAAGUGGGAAUUUGACCUCUUAGCCCUCAGUGUUAAAAGCUGGUACCUCAUAAUGACUCUCUGUUUAAAUGCACUCAGGACCGUUAAGUGCUGCACAACAAAAAAAGCUGAGACAAUCUGCACAUCCAAAAUUUUUAACAAGAAAGUGAUGGAGACUAUUUGCCUGGAAGUUAAACUUUGAUAAAGAUGAUUAUUGAGAUUGGACAACCAGAUUUUUAUGUUUUCACACUUAUUAGUGAUUUCUGAGUCCGUUUUUCUGUGAGGGGGAGUUCAGGUCAUUGCUUCUGCACACUGAUGCAGCAGUUAAUAAUAUCCUGGUGCAGCUCCUGUAGCUCCACCACUCUUUGAAUAAAUGAUUAUGAGGCACAAAGAUCUCCUUACAUCACCAAGCUGACGCUCUUUUCUGCUGAGUGGUUCAUAUACACCACAUACACACACUCACACUCUCUUGGAUACACACAGGCUCAUGCUGCUGUUAUUAAAUUCUAUAUGAAGAUCAUAUCAACGCACUGGUCAUAUCAAGUUCAUGAGUUUCCGUGAGUAUAAAGGAGCUGCAGAGACGAGGAGUUGGUCCUCAGUCCUGCAUGUGUGUGUAACAAGUUCAGCUAGAGAUAAAAAUGGUUUCCUCACUCACCCGCAGUCUCAUCCUGUUGCUGCUGAUCAACUUUGUUGAUGCAGGUAAGUUGAUUUUUUAGCUUGUGUCACAAUGUGGUAAAAUCUUUGAAAGGUUGCAGUUUGGUUUUUAAAGCACUUAAGUUGCAUUUUUUUAAGGUUUUAAGUUGUGUAGUUUUUUACUCUUACUCAAGUACUUAUUUGGAUUAGUACUUUGGAUUAGAGUAAUUUUCUCUUCUAAGCAACAGUGCUUUAAAGACUGCCCAUCUCUGGAAAUCUGACGGUGGUGAUUCGAGUCAGAGUGUUAGAUUAGAGUAGAGAAAUGUGUUGUUACAGCUGAUUGGAUGUUGCACCUUACGUUUUGACACAAAUUGUCUGGAGUGGUUGUUCAUGAGAGUUUGAGGCUAAAAAAGAGUCUAAAAAAACCUUUGCACCAGGGCCCAUGACAGACUGAUCAAAACAACUAAUCCUCAGGCUCAACCUCUGUGUAAUAAGGCACCAGAGAAAUAGCGGUGAUCCUCAAAAUCAGCCAUUGAUGCAACACUGAAUUAAAGUCAACCAUCUGCUUAGAAAAGGUUUCAUUAUUGAUGAAAUACUUGAUGUUUAGGCACCUCAGCACCACUUUGUUAGAGGCUGUGUAUCAGGAUUCUGAGAUGUGGUGUCACCCUUCAAAACAGUAUCAUGCCGCGAAUUGUUGACUGAAUUAACUAUCAUUUAAAAGAAUGAUUUUAAAACUGAUUUAACCAUUAUUUUUGUCAUGUGUGAAAAUGAAUUUGCAAUGACUUUGCUUUAUUCAGCUCCUCUCUGAUAUUUAUGUUUCUUUUUUGUUUCUGGACUUUUGCUGCCAGGAAGGACACUGUGGAAAAUUAAGGAGCGUGUACAUCAGCUCCAGCUGCAGAAAGCCAAACAGCUUCUCCUGACCCAUCAGCCUGUCCAACCUGUGAAGGAGGGCAGAAUUCAUCAGCAGCUGGACCACUUCAACCGGCAAGACCCUCGCACCUUCCCACAGGUAGAGCAAUCAAAAAGACACUUUGAUGCUUUAUAACCGCUUUAUAACCAGACUAGUCUAAUCCAAAGCUAUUUAUGGAUGUUUCGGUCAAACUGAAGAAAUGAUUCAUUUACUUUGUCUCAUCAGAGGUUCUUUGUGAAUGAAGUGUUUUGGCGGCGUCCUGAUGGUCCGGUGUUCCUCUUCAUUGGAGGAGAGGGGCCCAUCUUGGAGUUUGACGUUCUAGCAGGUACUGCGUGCAGCACGUGUCCUCUUUCAAACAACAUAAUCAAACAGAUCAAAUGUUUGAACCAAACAGGCUGAAACAGAAAGUGGAAACUCUAAAUGAAGCAUCAUGUUGCAUGUUUGUAAGAUGACUCCUGUUCACCUGACUUUGGUUUACCUUCGCUUUUUCUUUCCGGCUCUGCUCUGCUUUCUCUCUGUUGUAGGUUGCACAUUUCUCACGAAGAGCGUCUGCUUUUUGACAUUUUUUGCGUCCCCUGUGUACAAAGCAGUCUUAAUCUAUCUCUUCCUCUGUGUCUUCUGACAAAAAAUCUUAUCCUGCUUCGACUGUGUUUUUUCAGGUCAUCAUGUUGACAUGGCUGCAGAGCAUGGAGCUCUGCUUUUGGCUUUGGAGCACCGUUUCUAUGGCAACAGUAUCAACCAAGAUGGACUCAAAACAGAGAACCUGGUACACCUGAGCAGUCAGCAGGCGUGAGUGUACCAAGAUUUAUGUGCAUGCAUGUCAUGGUUUGGGCUUUAUUCAACGCAUUAUGCAUUUGUUUAAAGUUUACAAGAGUGGAAUACAAACAAAAUAUCAGGUUUUUUCCUUUUCUCAAAUAUCACGUUUUUCCUGACCUUCUCCUCAGCAUAUCAAUGAAAACACACACAAAAAAAAACACCUUUUUAAAAGCACCAGGUACAAAGAUGGUGAGGAACAGUCUGUAUUCAUGCAUGCUUCUGUGUUUCUGAUUCUUCCUGCGCUCCUGUAGGCCCUCGCAUGCAACUCAAAAUGGACUUCAUUUUCCAAACUGAGAUCAAAAUGGUUAAAGCAGAUUUUAUUUUUAAUUUAAAUGUGUGUUUUUCUCAUCUAGGCUGGCUGACUUGGCUGUUUUCCACAAGUUCAUCUGCCAAAGUUUCAACCUGAGCCACAGGAACACCUGGAUCAGCUUUGGGGGCUCGUACUCUGGAGCACUGUCCGCCUGGUUCAGAGGAAAGGUGCAGGAUUUGACCCAGAUAUGAUGCUUCAGACGGACUUAAAGCUGCAUGAUGCUUUUGACUCUUCGGUUUUGGCUUUACAGUUUAUAAACUCAAAUUUUUAAAUGAUAUUUUCUGGAUAAAACCUCAGAAUUUUUUCGUAUGAUAUUCUGGAGUGUCAAAAGUUUAUUACAAAUCAAUUAACUGUAUAAACUCAUGUCAGAAACCACAAUUAGGAGAGCAGGAAGUUUGAGAUCGCCUCUAUUUUUUUGUAUAAAACCAGAAUUAUCUCAUUUAAAUCUAGUCGUUUGGUUUGGGAUUACCUCAGAGUAAGUAUCGCUGUGUAAAGAGCAUGCAAAAGGUCAAAAAGACGGCAUCAAGAGAUCAGACAGCUCUUUUUCUUGCAGCGGGAAAUAGAAAUGUUGCCACAAUAAAUUUAAGAUUACAGUAGUGUAUUUUUGAAUGACUAAAAAUGUCUAUUCCUUUCUUUAAAAAAAAUAAAAUAUAUAAGCCCCAAACUUCUUAACAGACAAAAUGACAGACAAUAAAUCAGAAGGGUUUUUUUUCUAUCACUCUAUCACUUUCCAUCACGUUUCUGCUCUUCUUUGCAGUUUCCCCAUCUGGUGUUUGGAGCUGUGGCCUCUUCUGCUCCUGUAAAGGCACUAUUGGACUUUUCUGCCUACAGCAAUGUAAGCUAAGUCUGUAAAUAUUAAAAUCACUGAACAUCAAGUGCCUGUUUUUUGGUCACCCACAAAAGACAACAUACUGUACAUACAGAUUUGCUGAUUAUCCCUGAUAAGUUUGUUCAUGCUUGAUUUUCACUGUUUCAGGCUGUCGGCUUGAGCCUCCUGAAUGAAGCAGUUGGCGGCUCAGAGAAGGUGUGAGGUUGGCCUUCUGUCCGAGCUUCAUGCAACAGUCUUCAUGGCUUCAGUCAGUCAUGUUUUAACUUCUUUCUCCUGCAGUGUCUGGCUGCUGUUCGGGGAGCUUUUGCUGCUGUGGAAGCUGAACUGACGGCUGGAAAUGCCAAACAAGUCGCCAAAGAUUUCCGCUGCUGUCAAGUCCCCGAGGAUCUGAGCGACAAGGUGAUUGUGUUUGUUUUUAUGGGAUUUAUUUUGCUGGGAAAAGACGCAGGUUGUUUGGCUUCAUAAAGUUGGACAUGCAUUCCCAUAGGGCUUUUCCUUUUCAUCUCAAAUUACUUUGAUAUGCUUUAAAGCAGGAUUUCUAGGGGCAGAAGAUCUGCAACAGCCCGGGGGAUCUUUAUUUGGAGAUUUGCUGCAAAUGCUCCAAAGAUAUAGAUAUAAAAGCCCAUGCAAAAGUCCAAAACAAAGGUCCUGCAUAUGAAAAAACACCCUGCCAAAGAAGCAGCUGCAUUAACAAGAAACAUGCUAUAAAGACACAAAUGAUGCAAAAGUCAAAAACACACAAAAUCAGAAAAAAGCAGAAACACACAAAAUUUAUUAUUUUACUGACAUUGAUAUUGAAUACUGCUUUAUGAAAAAGGUACUACGGAUAAACUGAUCACCACAAUAGAUAAAUAACCUCUUCACACUCCAUCUCUUUUCAGGUUGAACUGAUGCAAAACCUGGCUGAUAUCGUCAUGGGAACAGUGCAGUACAAUGAAGAAGGUGUGCUCAUGACUAUAAAUGAGAUUUGCAGAGUUAUGACCAAUCACAGCGAGGAGAAUGAGCCUUAUGACCGCCUUGUUAAACUUGCACAGGUAUGUAAAACACUCACUGACUGAUCAGGAUGAUCCUCUAGCAGGUCCACACUUUAACCACCAGAUGUCAAUGUUGAGCCAUUUUUCCAGGUGCCACCAUCACACACAGGGCUCUUUUAAUUCUACAGUCAGUGUUUACAUGUUUUGUGUGUUUGUUUGAUUGCAGAUCUACCGUUCAACUAGCGAGGAGUCAUGUGUGGACAUCUCUCAUGAGAAAACGGUGAAAGACCUGAUGAAUACGUCCCUUCAUUUGGGCAGGAGAGCAGAGAGAGCGUGGACCUACCAGACCUGCACUGAGUUUGGCUUCUGUACACACAAUUGAACACACAUGCAUACACACAUACACACAGAGAAUGCACUCUUUCCUGUGUCCUGACUCUCUGUCCUUCUGUACAUGCAGACCAGACUUGUGAGGAUGCCUCUUGCCCGUUCUCUGGUAUGGUAACCCUGCAGACCCUGACUGAAGUUUGUCCUAAAGUAUUUGGCAUUUCCCAGCAUUCCCUGCCUGGACGCAUUGCCUUCACAAAUGCUUACUAUGGAGGGGACAACCCAGCCACACCCCGGGUCCUCUAUGUCAAUGGUUAGAGGCUAUCUCAGAGUCAAAACAUAGUCACUGGACAUCAUCUAAAUAUUUUAUGGAUUUAGAUUCAAUGUCUCAUUAGGUGGAGUUGACCCGUGGAGGGAGCUGUCAGUGGUCCAGGAUAGGACUGAGGGAGGAGAGGAAGUCCAGACCAUCUUUAUUAAGGACACGGCUCAUUGUGCUGACAUGAUGAGUAACAGAGUCACAGACCGCCGCUCGCUCAGGGAAGCCAGAGAGGUACUUACUAUGUGUCCCAGUGACGGUCCAGUCUGAAUAAAAAGUUUGUUCACAAGUAAAUCUUCAUAAAUCUGUGAUUGAAGGUUCACUUACUGGAGAUGUCCUAAAGUUUCAGCAGCAUCUUAAAGAAGUAUCUCUUUUUUUUUUUUUAUCAGAAAAGUUGAGAUACAUUGGAGGAAUUAUCCAGGUUUUUCUACCAUAGGUUACAUGUGUAGAAACAGGAAUCUCUAACAAUACGGAUACAGAUUCUGGAUUGAAGUACUCCUUUGCUCACCUCUUCUAUCAGCGACAUAAUGAUGGCCUUUUAGGACACUGGUAGAUCCAUGUUAGUCCUAUUUUGCCACAUAAUCAGUUGUGUUUCCCCCCCCCCCCCAUCUUUCUGCUCAUCAGGAGAUUCAGAAACGCGUGUCCGGCUGGCUGAAGACAGCUGCUCAGGAUCAGAUGGAGGAAAAAAACACCUGAUCACAUUAUAUCCUGAUCAGCUCUUAUCAGUUUUCCUCAGACUGAUAAGCUGCGGUUAAUAAGCCGGUGUUCCUGGCUGCACUGCUUCAUCACAGUCCUCAUCUUCCUCCAUUUCCUCUCUGAGACCUUCCUGUUCUCCACCUCCUUCUCCAUCCGUCCAUCCAUCAGUGUCUCACAGCACCCUGAUCGUCUGUGUUUGUGCGGUUUGACUUAGAGGCCUCUUUAGUUUACAGUGGACUAUCUGAGUUUUACUGAAAACUUUCAAUACCUUUAAUGUCAAAAUUUAGGGAAGACAUCAUUCUUGAAUUUCAUUUUUGUAAUUUAUCUAUCUACUAAUAAUACUGUAAAAAAUUAUUUGGCCUGCAGGCUUUGGAAGUGUCACCAAGAUUUUAACACUUUUUGUUUUCAUUGAGGUGAUUUUUCAUUGAGGUCUUUUUCAGUCUUGGGCAUUUUUUUUAAAAUGCUUAUUUGUUAGUUUAUCUUAUUGCCUUUUCUUCAGAGAUUUCUUCAGAUUUGGUAUUUAUUAAUAACAUUUUACACUGUCCAUGUUAAAAAUCCUUAAAUUCUUACAGUUUAAUGCACAGGAGCACUAUUCUCAAACUGUUUAACUACACAGCCUCUCACAAAGUGCUCAAAAAAGUUGGAUAUGGAGUGAAAAAUGAUCAUCUAAGUUCCCACAUCAAACUAUGCACUUUGCAGUUGGUGAACUCAUGAUAUAUGAAGUGAUUUUAGCCCAUGUACUGAUUUCCACUACAGAGAUUUAGCUGUUUUACUACAGUGCCACCUAAAGGCUGAAAAUCAUGGCUGCGUAGUAUCACUAUUUGACCUUGUCCUUUAUUUAAAGAAAUAAUUUUUCAGAAAAAUAUUAUGAAUAAAAAGAAACUACUAGAGUUAGGUCAGAUUUCUUAAAACUGCGGUCAGAAUUAUAAAAAAGGAAGGUCUGUAAAGGAAAGUCAGAAUCCUGACAUUUUCAGAAAGUCUGAACUCUUAAAGUUGCUUGGAUUAAAGUCAGAAUUCCGUGGGAAUCUACAGAGGCGUAUUGCAUUAAUUUAAGAAAACAAAGAAUUAGCUCUGUUUAUAUCAAUAAAUUAAAUAAUUAUCACAGAAUAACAAGAUUACAG